AUGGCACCUCAGAAGCUCAAGAUUGCUGCUGCCGGCCUCGGCCGCAUGGGCAAGCGUCAUGCCAUCAACUUCCUCAACAGAACCCCCCGGGCUGAGCUGGUCGCUGCCUUCACACCUGAUCCUACAGAGAUGGCUUGGGCCAAGGUCAACCUGGAGCCUCACGGAGUCACUCUCUACGAUAACUACCAGAAAAUGAUCGACCAAGAAGGUCUUCAGGCUGUUGUUAUUGGUACUGCUACCUCUGUGCAUGCCGAGGAAGCUAUCCAGGCUAUGCAGAAGAACCUCCAUAUACUUUGCGAGAAACCUCUGUCCACCAGCAUUGAAGUGUGCCGUCAGGUCGUCGACGAAGCCAAGAAACACCCCCAUCUCAAGGUCAUGUGUGGCUUUUCCCGCCGCUUCGACGAGUCCUACCGAGACGCAUUUGGCAAGACCCAACAAGGUGCCAUCGGCCGACCUACAAUCAUCCGCAGCCAGACCUGCGAUAAGCACGACCCAUCGGGCUUCUUCGUCGAAUAUGCUGCGUGGUCCGGCGGCGUGUUCGUCGAUAUGUCAGUGCACGACAUUGACCUGACGCUCUGGUUCUUCGGCGACGAGGUAGUUCCCAAGAGCAUUUCGGCCCAUGGCGUGCGUGCUGUGCAGCCUGACCUCGCCAAGUACAAUGAUUACGAUAACGCUGUAGGUAUUGUGGAAUUCUGGGGUGGCAAGAUUGCAUACUACUACUGCUCUCGAAUGAUGGCCCACGGACAAGAGGAUACCACAGAGGUUAUCGGUACAGAGGGUAAGCUGACUGUCAACGGCAACCCGCAGUCUAACCUUGUCAACUAUUACCACUCUGCCGGUAUCACCCGCGAGGUGCCUGCUCAUUAUUACGGCCGCUUUGAGAUGGCGUUCGUUCAAGAGUCCAACGAAUUCGCCGAUGCAUGCCUUGACAACACCCCGUUGCCUAUAAAGUUGACGAAUGCUGUCCGUGCGGUUGAGAUUGGCUCUGCUUUGCAGGAGGCUCUUGUGAGUGGAAAGCAGAUCAGAUUCGACGAGAUUGGACGUCGCAUUGAGGAAUCCAAGCUAUAA